CGCCACUCGAGCGAUGCAGCGCGUCCUCACGAGCCGUGACCUCAUGGCCACGAUCUUCGCGUACCAAGCGGGCUAUGACGGCUUGUGCCAGACGCUGCCAGCGAGAUGGAUGACGUCGGCCGCCAGCAUUGAAGCCACGCUCGGUGCGACGACGGGCAGCGGCAUCCGCGACUUUCUCGGCUUCAUCGACACAUCGGUCCACGCGCUCAUGCGCGCAUGGCACGCCCGAUAUGGCCCGCGCGGCCUCCUACGGCUCGCCGCCUGCCGCCACCCAAUCGUACCAAUCCUGCUCGACGAAGCGCUCGCGACGGGCCACUACGACCGGUGGCUCUUGCUCGUGACCGCGCAGCCCACGUUCCUCCCGAUCUCGCACGUCACAUGGCACGACGCCGGCUUCGCGAGCACGUGGCGCCGGUCCACGCUCGACGUCGCGGUCGUCCGCGGGUCGCUGCCGUUUGUACGCUUCUUGCACCUGCACGGCGUCGUCGGCUCGUGGUGGGUGCUCGACUGGGCCGCCGAGCACGGACACCUCGACAUUCUGCGCUACUUGCACGCGACUGGUCGGUACUUUUGCACGCCGCGCGCCAUGGACCUCGCGGCCCACAACGGCCACUUGGAGGUCGUCAAGUUCCUCCACUACUGUCGCCGCGAAGGCGGCAGCACAUGGGCGAUCGACUGGGCCGCCAAGAACGGACACCUGCACAUUGUCGAGUUUCUACAUCGGAAGCGCGACGAAGGCUGCACGGCCGACGCGCUCACGGGGGCGGCGGCCAACGGCCACCUCGCCGUCGUCCAGUUCCUCUACGCGUAUCGCCACGAAGGCGACGUCACCGCUGCGCUGGAAGCCGCGGCCAGUCGAGGGCAUCUCCACGUCGUGCAGUUUCUCUGCGACUGCGUCGGCGGCGCGCCGCGCUCCGUGCGGCAGCAAGCCCGCGCCCACCACCAAUGGGCGGUCCUAACUUAUCUCGGCCACCUGCGCGAAGUGCGUGACUGCUCGUAUGCGUAAUCUACUGCAUCAUACUG